CAGAUCUGACGAAUUAUUGUGAAACUUGAGCUCAAAACACAAGUUCAUUUCAUUCCGAGAAAGGCUCUAAAGAGAAUAGGCCCAAAUUCGUGAUCCAAAGAGAUACUAUCUACAGAAUAGCGAGAUACAACAGAGAGAUUAGAUAUAUCAGUGGUAAAACAUAGGAACAUACCAGUAAUAUUUGCUAUAGAAAAGUGUCAUAUAAGGAUAGGAAAUUUAUUGCAAAGCCAUAAUCAUCUUUCCCAGAGAAAUUAUACUGAAGAGUUCCAUUAUCGGGUGCCAUUACUGAAGCUAGUCAAUUCGCUAGAGAUAGAUUAUUAGCAUAUUAGUGGUAAUCGGCUUAAGUAACACGCCUAGUUCUAGAAUUACGUCGCGGUUCCACAGUUACCACGAUUUUAUUUACGAACCCAAGCCCCUUCUACGAGGCAUUCCAGGCGUUCCUGCAUUCUGCUCCCCACGAACAGUGACAGUACCAAUUCCGCAAGAACCAAAGUACUAAAUAGAGAUGAUGUCACGGCAAUCUCGUUUGGAAGCCGAGAAGCUUCAAAUCAUCCAGAAGUCGAUGUCGAACCGAGGAAGAUCGCUUUCACCCACGGCUCACGGAGCCGGCGGCAAUACUAUCAACAAUGUCAAUUCGCGUUCUUCGUCUACACUGAACGAGGAGUUUUCGAAGGACUUGAAAUGGUCCAUUACGAACCACGAUCCGCUGGAACGGAUUACCGUUACACAUGAUGAUGGAACUGUAGAGCAGCCAAAUAACGACUUGUGGGCCAACGAGGUUUCGGACGAAGAACAUAUCUCCGACGACGACACUAACGAGAAGUUCCAGUACGAUGACACUGGAAAUAUUCUCCCUAAUUAUGCUUGUCACGACGAUAAGAUAAACGAGAUUUCGUCGAUUUUGGAGAACUCCAAUUUGGACGAUCAGUCGACGAUCAAGAAGCUCGAAGAGUUGACAGCUAAUGAAAGAGCCUUUGCCAAUGCCAAGAACAUAGGAAGUCUUAUCGAUAAGGAAGCACUCAAUAAGCUAGCCAAUGAAAAACAGAAAUUGACUGGCAACGAAAUGUUGGACUUGAACCGGUCAGAUCAGGAUGCUUUGGAAAGAAAACAGAAGCUUGAGAAUUACCAGGCUUACAGAAAGAAGAUUAUCGACCACGAGAAUGGUAAGGAUGGCACUGCGAAGGACAGUGCUACUACUUCCACACUUCUGCCGGUAAAGCUGCCAGAGGCUGAAAAUGACGAAGACUUUAUGAUUCCCUAUACUUCAGCUGUAGAAGACAAAUUGGAUAGUGAGUUUGCCUCCCAAUUGAACGAAACCAUCAAGGAAGGCGAGAUUGACUCCAACAAGAGCCAGUCCAGAGUGAUCCAGACCAUCACGAGAGGAAACUUCUUCCAAUUAGUCAAUCCCAAGGUCAAGCCGAAGAUGUUUUUGGUGUGUAUGGACUUCUCGCCAGAGUCGAUUUUCGCAUUGGAGUGGUGUCUUGGUACAGUUUUGGUAGAUGGCUCAGUGUUGUUUAUAGUGUACGUCAUUGAAGAGAACGAUAACAACCACAACUUGAAGGGCAAUACUAGCAACGAAAAUACCCGUGAACAGUACCGGUUGAAUAUGUUAAACAAGGCCAAACAACAGGUGUUGAACUUGUUGAAGUUGACCAAAUUGCAAAUCCAUAUCGUCAUCGAAAUCAUCCACCACCCUAUUCCCAGACACUUGAUCUUGGAGUUCAUCGACAAUUUACAGCCUACAUUGGUGGUAGUGGGCUCCAAGGGCCAGAGUGCCAUCAAGGGUGUUCUUUUGGGGUCGCUUUCCAACUACUUGGUCACCAAGUCGUCUGUUCCGGUGAUGGUGGUGCGUGAGAAGUUGAAGAAGAUCAACAGAUUCAAGUCUGGUUCUUCCGUCUUUACCAACAACAUUAAGCCGUUGACAUUGUCGGAAGCCAGAAUUGACUGAACUAUGUUAUGUCAGAAAUUUCAGUUCUUCUACUACAUUUACAUUACUUUAGGUUACGUUACUUCAUUCCUUAGUUAGACAGUUCUAUCGAAGUAUUAUUUGUGUUACAUAAGACCUUUCCUGUAAGUAAACCCUGUAUUCCCAUUAUCAUAAACCGCGUAGAGAUGUACUAAAGAAAUCAUCAAAUACAACUUCUUCAAUGCUCAAUAGUACAACAUCUUCUUUACUGCUUGUCCGCUGCUUCAACUAUUCUCAAAAGUACAACUCUGUAAAUCCUUUGGCUGUGAACUUUCUUCCACAGUCCCCAGCUCCACACUUAGUAGGAGAAGAAAGUUGAGGAUUAUCAAUUGUGAAACCAGAAGGAGUCGCUUUUGUUCUUCGGGCUCUGUUUCCGAUAUUCUUCACACAUCGUCCACAAAACGUAUGCCCACACUUGGCGAUAAAGAUUCGUUUCGAGAGUUCCUUAUCAACCUUGGAACACUGCUUCACACAAAACCACGGUGCUUGCACCCGGUAUUGUUUGGCUAACUUCUCGAAAUGAAGAUCGUACCGGUGAUCUGAUUUGAAAUCUUCAGGAAUGCCUUCUCCUAAGAUAAUACCACAUAAACUACAGCAGAGGUUUGACUCAGGCUUGAUAUCGUUUACAUACCCAGCGAGUUCUUCCUUGGAGACUUUCUUCUUCUCCUGCAAUGUCUUACGAUUGUAGAUAUUUUCGUUAGCGAGUCUGGCAUCAAGUGCGUUUUCGUUAUCUCUCUCUAUUCGCUGCAUUAUAGACUGUUCAGCCUCCUCCAAAUCAAAUCUACUUCCAGGGAAGUCAUACUGAGUAAUUCCUCUAAGCGAAAACGGCACAGUACGCAAAAUAUCCAUAAACCCCACCUGCCCAUCGGUUCGGC